AUGCAGACUAUCGAAAAGGCCCUUCACCAGCCGAUGCCGUUCACCACCGGCGGUCAGACCAUCUCCGACAGGUUCGGCUCUUUCAAUGAUUUUCAAAACGUUUUUUUAGUUUGUUUUUUCUUUAUCAACUUUUCUCAAAGUUCCUUUUUUUUAACGUUUGCUUAAAUAUACUUACGCAAACCUCAUCAUUCAACUUUUUUGCGGCAUCAGAGGCCGUAUGCAUUGUGGAAAAUAUUUUCCGCGCAGUUUAUUUAUAUAAAAACAUGCGAAUAGAGAAGAAACAAUUUCAGUUGGAAAAAAAUAAUAAUCAUGUUAUUUUGGAGUUUCAAGAAAUGGCGGAAAAAUUAUUUUCCACAUUGCGCACGGCCUCUGGUAAAAAAUUUUCAGGUUUUUUCAAUUAUGGUUUUAAAGAAAGAUGUUCAACUUUGAAUUUUUACUUUUCUUCGAAAAUUUUGAACAAUCUGUCAUACAAAAAAAAGAGCUCAGUUAUUGAAAAUAAUCUUUUUUUUAUAGCUUAUUCUCCUUACUCAUCCAAUUUCCCCUUACUCAUCCAAUUUCCCGUGUUUUUGAACGGAUUGUUACUAAUAUGGUUAGAACUCGCUUUUCUCAUAGAUUUUCUCAAUUUCAAUUUGGUUUUUUAAAUCGAAGAUCUUGUAAGCUCUCUCUUAUUAGCUCAAUUUCCGAUAUUCAGAAAUCCUUGGCAUCUAAAAUUUCUGUUGAUGCUGUCUACUUCGAUUUCUGUAAAGCGUUUGACAAAGUCAACCAUGACCUCUUACGCCUCAAAAUGCAUAACUUUGGCUUUGAUCAAACUCUCAGUCGCUGGUUUUCCAACUUCCUUUCUAAUAGAACUUCGACUGUUAAAGUAAACCAAUCCUUUGCUGAUUCUAGUUUCCCUAACCCCUCCGGUGUCCUCCAAGGAACCGUAAGUGGUCCACUUCUUUUUUUGAUUUUUAUUAACGAUAUUGAAAAUUAUAUUGAUGCCUCCACCUCCAUUUCUAUCUUUUGCAGACGAUAUAAAAAAAUUUUUUUAGUAACUGCCCCAGAUCUCUCCAAAAGCAGCAUUAAUGGUAUCCUAGAAUGGUCUCGCAUUUGGUCUCUCCCCCUUGCUUCCGAAAAAAACUUUCUCAGUUCAUUUUUGGUCCUGAAAAACCCUCGAACCCGAUACUUCGUCGACCGUCUUGAAAUCCCUCAAAGUUCCAUUGUUCGUGAUCUUGGUCUGUUUAUUGAUGAUAAACUCUCCUUUAAACAACACAUAAAUCGAAUUUCUGCCUUUGCCACCUUACGCUCUAACCAAAUACUUAAUACAUUCAAAUUUUCUUCUCCUCUUAACUACUUUCGUAUGUUUCAAACUUACGUGGUUCCAGUCCUUGAAUAUUGCUCUGAGCUUUUUCUCACCCGCUAUUUCAUCUGAUGAAUCCUACAAACUCGAAUCAUCUCUCCGUCUCUUCAGUCGGAAAGUUUUCAUCCGCUGUAAUGUCAGCUUCUCUUCUUAUUCCGAUCGCCUCAAUCAGUUUAAUAUCAAACCUUUGUUCAUUCGCCGUAAAAAUUUGUGAUAUAAUCACCCUACAUAAAAUUGUCUGUGGCUCUGAUCAUUGUCUCGAUCGCAAUAAGUAUUUCACUCAAUCCCUGUUACAGAGAAAUCCACUUCGACUACGGACAGCUGGUCAGUUUUCUAAUGACUACUUUUCUAGGACUAUUCCUCUUUGGAACAAAUUAACUUCUUAUUUGGAUUUUAACGUCACCCCAGAAACCCUUCGGAACAAAUUGAAUAAUCUUCCGAAUCAAGCUUUUUAUGAAAAUAUCCCUUCUCGCCUACUGUAAAAAAUUUCUUCUUACUUCCGGGUACCUGUCAACUCGUUGGGGUUGACUCCUUCCCGCGUAUUGUUAUUCUUCUGCCCGUCAUAUGUUGAUCACUUAUAAUUUUUCUAUACUACCUAAUGUUUUUUUUUAUGGCAGUGAAUAAACUAUUAUUAUUAUUAUUAUUAUUAUUAUUCUGCGCUAGCUUGUCACGUUUUUUUUCCGCCAAAAAGACCUUAUACCAUAUUAGAUCAAUAUUGAGCAUCUUCGCUUCAAGGCCGUUGUUUUUUGCUGUCUUUUUAGCUGUUUUGUACGGUAACCUUUUUGAAUUUUCCUUUUUUUUUUCUUAAACGUGACUAUCUCGCGCGGAACGCACAUAUACUGGAACUGCGGCGCUAUCGUAUUUUAAAAUUCCAUUCUUUCUUUUUAAAAGAUCCUUCAAUUUUCAAACUGGGGAUAUUACAAAUUUAUAAUCGAUACUUCUUUAAGGUUGACAGCGGCGAAGCAUUCUUUGGCAGGUAGCCAACUGGGAAAAACGAUAUGCAAAGCGACGACGGAGGAGGUGAUGGCGCCGAAAAAGAAGCAUCUCGAUUGUUUGUUUCCCAAUUUAUUUGAAUUCCUAAAGACGGUCUUUUGAAGAUCUGCUCCACUGCACGAAUGAGCCGAACGUCUCGAUCCCGUCGAUGGCGAACUUGCUGAUCGAGAGAACCCAACAUCCAAAUUGGACGGUCGUCUACAAGUCCCUCAUAACCAUCCACAACAUUAUGUGCUACGGAAACGAGGUUCUUUUUCGCUCCAUGAGCCAAAAAAAUAUCGAUUUGCAGCGCUUCUCCCAGUAUCUCGCGUCGUGCAACACGACUUUCAAUUUGGGAACGUUUCUCGACAAAAAUUCGGCCACCGGUUGGUUUGUUUAUAUUUCAAUGAGAAAAUUGUUUAUUUGAAUUCGAUGUGUAUCAUUUCUAUGGCUCAAUACUGUCUCGCGGAAUUUUCCAUGAGCUCAAUACUUUAUAUACAUAGUGUUCUGAGAGGGAUAAGAGCCAGAUUUGAAAAUAUCGAAAUUUUUUAUCAGAAAACUUUCGUAAGCUGCUUUUCCAAACUAACCUAUAUUUUUUGUGAAGAAGGCUUUUCAUCUUUCAAUUGAUUUCAUCUACUAGCAAGAAUUUAAAAACACGUAGUUUUACAAGGACAAUAGAUCGAUAGUUGAUAUCCAAAGGAUUUUGAGGAGAUCAUGUAUCUUUUAACCCUUUUAUUUUCCUAGCAAGAAAAUGAACUUGGAACAAAGUUCCAGGGUACGACAUGUCGAACCACGUGCGCCGCUACGGCAAAUACAUUGGCGAAAAGAUCGCGACGUACCGCGUCUGCGCCUUCGACUUCUGCAAGGUCAAGCGCGGAAGAGAGGACGGUCUUCUGCGCACGAUGCACACGGACAAGCUGCUCAAGACCCUGCCCAUCUUGCAGAACCAGAUCGACGCCUUGCUCGAAUUUUCGGUUACUUUCAUUUCCCACCAUCAAACUGAUUGAUUUUCGAAAAAUAUAUGAUUUUUUUUGAAAAAGAUUGGUUGGAUUAGGAGAAACAGGCGUUGCGUGUUCAACAAAUCUUCUUUUCUUCCAAUAACAUGCUAAAAAGAAAACCGAAACUGGAAAGGAAUCUUCUUGCCCAUUUUCAGUUUAGAAAAAUUCGAUUCGAAGGAAAAAAAAGUACUUCUUUUCAACAUUUUCAUCAAUCAUCAAUAUUUAUUGGUUGUUUUAGUCAGAUGGUAUCGACUAGGCGGUGAAAAAAUUGCUCUUUUGAGCGGCACUAACACCGCCUUUGGCGAAAAAGAAGUCAAAACGUGUAGUCGAAUGAUUUGAAAGCAUGGUCUUACGGUCCUUCGCCUCGUUCUUCCACAAGUAGAUCCCUCAGUUUCGCGGGUACGGGCACGGCGGGGAUGGUAGGGCUCGGGCACGGACGCCGUGUACACUCUAGGGUAGCCUCGGCCGACUGAGAGAACUACCACUUAGAGUGAAGAAAAUACACGGAAUUUUCUGCGAAUAUUGACCGAAAUUGUUUUCAUUUUGUUUUUUUGGUAUUGUUUUUAACUUCCAUAGUUAAUUUAUAAUUAUGAAAAACACAUUUUCUUUUUUUCAAAUUUCUCGCAAUAGAUCUGGUUUUCGAGUUAAGAUACUUCAAAAGCUUGAAAUAGCGAUUUUUUGAAAAAAGAAACUUUCUUUAGUCAUCAACAUCUUUAGAGGCCCCGCGCCGGUCUUCACCGAAGACAUUUUCCUCAAACUUCAAAAUUUUCUCAUUUCCAAUUGAUUUAUUGAUUCAUAACGGGCUUCUCUCAGGUGACGAGCAGCGAACUGAACAACGGCGUGAUCAACUGCUCGUUCAUCCUCCUUUUCCGCGACUUGAUCCGUCUCUUCGCCUGCUACAACGACGGCAUCAUCAACGUGCUGGAGAAGUACUUCGACAUGAACAAGAAGCAGUGUCGCGACGCCCUCGACACCUACAAGGCGUUCCUGACGCGGCUGGACAAGGUCGCCGAGUUCCUGAGAAUCGCCGAAUCGGUCGGAAUCGACCGCGGCGAGAUCCCCGAUCUGACGAGGGCUCCGGCGAGUCUUCUCGAGGCUCUCGAAGCACACCUCAUCCAUCUUGAAGGUGGCAAAGCCCCGCCUCCUUCUCAGGUAACUUUUCGAUUUCAGGAUACACCUAGAUUCCUAGAUACACCUAAAAGUGAGGAGUUUUCAGGUUCAAAUCUCUAUUUUCUCAUGAAAAAAAAACAUUUCGAACACUAAAAGCCGCUUCUUUCAGCUGUUUCUUGCUUUCGAUGUAUAAAUCUAGAAACUGCUACAGAUUUUUGUGAACCUCGGUUAUAAUAGUUUUUUAACGAAUCUCCGAAGCUAGACAUUUUUUCCGUAAAUCUCCAAAUAACCAGAGAAUGAUCUCCAGUCGCAGUGGGAAUUCUAAUGAAACCAAGUUUACUAGAUGUAGUUUUUCACGUAAAUUCUAAAUAUGGUUUUAAAAACUGCUGAGGAGAUCUGUGAUAAAAGUUAUGGACCCUCAAAAGUCAAAACUUUCACUGUCACCGCGCUCGCUCUCCCUUACGUUUGGCGGAACUUUGAGAAAUCAUAUCUGAGCUUAAAUAAUUCGUUGUAUGUUAUCAGAAGAGUGAGAUCUAUAUAUGCUCUGAAAAUGAGCUCAAUCGAAGGCACUGAAAUUUUCGACUUUUGAGGGCCCAUAAAUUUUUUCACAGUUCUCCUCGGAAGUUUCCGAGACCAGAUUUGGAAUCAGCUUGAAAAAUAACAUGUAAAUUCGAUUCACGGCUAACUUGGAGGGGCGUGGCUUGUCUGCGCUCUCCACCAAUCAGGUACUAUCUCUAUCAUUAUCGUGUCAGGACCCUUUUUUCGAUGGCUUAAGCCAGCCGUGAAUAAGUUAUAAUAAACUUGGUCUCGUUUAGGGGUCCCACUGCGACCGGCGACCAUUACCUGGUAAGAAAUGAAGGUCUUGAAAGUUCAAACAACAAAAAACGAUUAUUCAAAGAAUUAUUGAAAUAUUGGUGAGGUUUGAAGAUGUCGGCGGCCCACCAUCAGCUGACCAACUUUUCGAUGGUUCACCAACCGGCUGUCGCUGACUCCGAUCGCCAGCGCUACAUCGAACUCGAAAACGAACGUCUUCGUCAGUUCGAGGCUCAGAAAAAGCAAGCGCAAGGUUUUGAAAAAAAAGACUUCAUCUGAAAUGGCGCUUAAGUGAGCUCUCAAAAUCCGUUCGCCAGCGAGACCGCGGCUCCACCGGCUCCGAACAACGAUUUGCUCGACUUUUUCCAGGCGCCCGCCGUCUCUCAGGUUCUUUUUUUAAAUGACAUUCUGUAGGGAUAGAAUAAUUUUGAAUUUCCAACCAACAAUAUUCAGCUCAUUCCAAAGGCUUCAAAUUGUUCUAUUUUUCUUGUACAGAACAGAAUAGUUAGUAAACAAGGGCUGUAGCCUUUUAGACGUACAGUACCGAUCAUAGUUAUUAUAUUUUUGACUAUAACUUUUUCAAUCAAUCCCAAUUGCUGUGAAACUACACAUGGAUAUGAAAUAUGGCCCGAAACACGUUAAUGAAAACAAGACACGUUCCUAACUGAACGAUAUUUCAAUACAAAGUCCUGACAAGAUAAAAAAGGAGAUAGUGCUUGGUUGGUGGAGAGCGCAGACAGGCCACGCCCCAUAGCUUUCCAAACUAGCCGUGAAUCGGCUUAAAUAUACCAUUUUCAAAUCGGCCCCAUUCUUUUUAAUCUGGGAUUUUUGACGUGGAAGAAAUAUCAAACGAAGCCUUCGCUUUCAGGCUUCGAACUCCGACGCCAACAAUCCUUUCGCUCAUUUCAGCUCGCAGCCGACUUACGCCAACACGCCAGGUUCAUUUCCAUUUUUUGUAUCAAUUUAUGAAUUGAUCUUCACCGUUUCACCAGCAGUUUUUUCCUCCCUUAUUUGUUAAACAACUUUUAUUUCAGCGCCCACGUCGAAUCCUCACGCCGCCCUACCGUAUGGAGGUCAGCCAUUCUACGCUGCGACCAGCAAUGGAGGUUCCAAUUUUUUUUUUUUUUGGUUGGUUCGUGAGAAGUGGAUUUUUGCGUCGCUGUGUAGUUCAGAUUUUCCCCUUGAAAUUCUUCCACACAUUCAUUUUUGACGGAAGAAGCUGUAAGUUCAGAGUUCAAGUUACUCUUUUUCAACGUAAUUCGAAGAAGGUCCUGGGUUUCAAAGUAGCCGUGUUUUGUUGUGUUUGUCGAUUCUCGUGGUUCAUCUGUAGCUUCCCCAAGAUACGGCGUUUUUCUCGAGUAACCGACGUCUUCUUUUCUCCAUCGGUUUCCGAAUGUAGCUGUCGUGUCGUGUUUUCCAACCGUGGUCGCAGUUUUUGUCCUCACUUUGGUUGCCGAGAACAUCCGACGCGGUUUAGACGAGAACCCCUUCCUGACGUCGUCGGAGCAGCACCAACCUGCGCCGCCCGUUCCGCCUCCGCCGACGGCUGCCGCCAUUUCCGAGGCCCAUUCCCACUCUUCUUCGCCGGCUGUUUUCAAUCCUUUCGCGGAACAACUCCAAAACGCUCCUCCUCCAAGUUCGGCUCCGUUCAAUCCACAAGGUUACUGGCAUCGACCUGGAUAGGCUCCUUAGAAACUCCAGAGUGGUCUCUAUAGGGGCGACGUUUAGAAAUUCUUGGAGAUUCUCCUCUAGGGACCACUUUACCAACUCCUAUAGGGGUGACUGAAGCUUGCAAAAAGGGUCCCUAUAGGAGUUUUAGUUAAUGCCCUUAUAGGGGUUAUGUACUCUAUGCGAAGAAGCGUUCCCAUGCGAAAAAUUGAAUAAACAAGCGUUUUCGAAAAAAAAUGACCUUGAUCCUUGAUUUUACCCCUUGGGGGGCCACUCUGGAGUCCCUAAGUCGUCUCUUUGGAAAUGGGGAACAGAGUUUCAAUAGAGUAUGCAAAUUGGAAUGAUCCCAUUUUUAAAAAUUGCAAGGUUUGUUGAAAAAGGCUCAUCAAUACUUGGAAAAAAAAGGAAUUUAGUUCGAUUUUUCUUUUUCCCAAUAAGGAAGUUCCGUUGACUGAUUGAAUAAUUCUUAAAAAUCGCUCUCAAAAACAUUAGAAAAUGGGAAAAAUGCUGUUUUACAUCAAGCUAAUGUUUAGGUGCCCCAGCUCCUUUCGGUGGUUAUGGAAUUCCAAACGACGUUGACAACGGCAUGUCCCGAAUGUCGAUCAGCAACAAUCCGGGGUAAGCUUUGGGUAUGAAAUGUUUAGAAGGAUUUGAAACAUUGGAAUAUGUUUGUCUGAAUUCCCACAAGAAACAUCCAGAGAAAGUUCCAGAAGCGCCCUCACCCGGUUACCGGUUACAGCUCCCCACGUCCGAACAAGCCCCCUUCCCCCCACCACCAAGGCAAAUUUUGACUUGUGAGGGGUGCGGUGAAAUCACAAAGCUUUUGUUGGGUGGCUGAAUCAAAUGUAGGGGCUGUAUCUUGCUCUAGAAUCGUCCUAACCAAUGCUAAGUGGGGAGGGGGGGAGGGGGGGGCGAUUCUAGAGUGCCUAGACAAUUUUUCUAGAAUGGGGAGGGGGGUUGCAUUCUGGAAUAAUCCCAAUAUCUGGUGUACGCUGAUUCCGCCCAACCAACUAUUUCAGGACGAACAACGCGUGGAGCAAUGGUGCGCCAGCGGCCUCGGCUGCGGCGUCGACCAUGAAUAAUCCAUUCGCGAUGGCUGGACAGCCAGGCAUGUACACGGCGCCCGUAGGCGGCUACCAUCCGCAGAUGGGCGGAUUCCCCAUCCAACAACAACAACCACAACAGCAGCCCCCCAUGUGGAACCCAAUCGGUGUGUGCAGUUUCAUAUUCAGAAACGGAACUUUGGGCCCACCUUGUGCGACUAUGGUUGGCUUCGGUAUUUUUUCGUUUUGUCUUGAAAAUGGAGCGUUUCUUUUGUCCGUCUUUGGGUUGAAAAUUAGUUUUUUUUACGAGUAGAAACACAUUUCAUAAAAGAAAAAUCGCCGCCUCAACACUUGGACCAAUUCGACUCGUUCAAUUUUUGCAUUUUACCUCUUUUCGACGAACCAUUCUCUUCUUUGCAGCGAACUACCCGCAGCCCUUCCAAUUCGCCCACCCCGGCCACAUACCUUACCACUCACAGCAGCAACAGGUACUUUUCUUAAAUUGAAAAUCUUUUAAAAAUCUUUUUCCACCGCUUUUUUGUUAGUGGGAGGAAAAGCGAAACCAAAAAUGAAGGGGGCGGAGCCAAAACCUCCGCCGUUCUCAUGUGACGUCAUAACAAAAAAAAGCGUAAAAAAUAUGUGAUAUUAAAGGCGCAUGUUCAAUGGGUCAUGAGACGAAUCGGUUUUUCAUUUAUAAAAACGCAAUUUUUCUGUAGCUAUGUUUAAAGUGAUUUUUGCGAAAUUCAAAAAUAGCCGCUAGAAAUUGAAAAAAAUAUAACUGAAAUUCGGAAUAUUAGAGAUUAUUUUUAAUACGGCAUGUGCGAGUGCGCCGCAGUGUAUGCACACAACACACCGCACUUUACGGAAAAAUAUGGGCGAAGCGUCAAAAAAAAAAACGCCGUGUUUCCACAAGAACUGCGUAAUGUAGUUUGAGAAUCAGUACGGACAUAUUAUUUAAAAUUCGUUUUUUCAAUAUCUCAAUGGUAUGGAACUUGUCUAUUAAGUUGUUGUUUUUUUUUAUUUUUUCAUCAAAAAUGGGUUAUGAAUGUAAAUACUGCAAAGUUGACUCUGAUAAUAAAAACGAAAGCCGAAAAAAAAUAAGUACAAUAUAGAUCGAAAAUUUGCUUAGAGCUGGAUGAAUUUUCUCAGAAUAUUUUUUUAGAUGCUUAGACUCGGUUAAAUGCAAGUUCAUUCCGAGAAAAGUUUGCUUAUUGGUUAUCAAAUGAUCAAUUUCAGGUUCAACUGGUGCACCAAGCGGCGGCGGCUCAGCAGCAGGCCCAGGCGAACCAGCAACUGCCCAAAGAUCCGUUCGGCUCUUAA